CCAUUUUCCAAAUGUGGGCUACGGCAGGCUCGCUCCUGAUGCGUUCGCGGGACGUUGAGUCCUUCCCAGGCUCAGCUUGCGUCUGUACGGAUGAUGCCUUAUAACGAGGCUUCGCACUGUUUACCCGCUCAUUACGACUACAUCUUGCUCGAUAAGACACCAUCUGGAUAAUUCAACGAAGGUACCUUUACGGAAAGCACGACCGAGGAUCUUGGAAUACAACACUUGCAGGAAGACGCUUUGAUUGGUUGGCAGAAUGGAAUACCCCGAGCGGCAACCAUUGCUGGACGAAAAGAUUGUUCAUGCCCAUCAACUGCAGAGGGACGAUGAGAGUUUGCAAACCUCUACAAAGCCAGCGAAGCGGAGUUUAAGCGAGAUCAUACGCCAUGUUGUUCUACUACCCCUUCUCUGCGGCCUCGCCGUGUACGGGUCAUAUACAUUUUGCAAACAACACCUUCCGAAUACGGUGCCAGCGCAAGAAAAGUUCACUUCUUCCAACUACACAUGUCUACCAGGACAGUCCUGCUGGCCGACAAUGAAGGAUUGGAACGCUUUCAAUCAAAGCAUCAACGGCAAUCUCCGACUAACGGAGCCUUGGGCCGCCCCGUGCUACACAGAUCCGUCGAGCACGCAAUGUCAAGAAGUCGCGAAGAACUACGGCGAUGGCGUCUCACGCACGAAUCACUAUGGAUCAAUGGAGUUUCUCGACUGGGAGAAGUGCGACACGUCCCAAUGUGCACUCAACUCUUUCAAUACAUCCGAGCCUGUUUCCGGUACCUGCUCGCUAGGGAGACUUUCUCCAUACCAUGUCAGAGCCACGACUGGGCAUGAUAUUAGCAAGACCUUGAGCUUUGUGCGCAAACAUGGGAUCCGGGUAUCGAUUAAAAACACUGGACAUGACUACUACGGGCGAUCAACCGCGCCAAACUCCUUGGCAAUCUGGACUCACAACAUGAAGCACACAGAAUAUCACAGAACGUUCCAGCCCAAGGGCUGCCAGACUCGCUAUGAGAACGUUGGAGAGAUUGGCGCCGGUAUUCAGGCCCAGGAGGCGUGGGAGGCUUUUGAGCCUCACGGUAUGCACGUCACUGUUGGUGCUGUCGCCUCUGUCGGUAUCGCUGGUGGAUAUGGUCAGGGAGGCGGACAUGGGCCACUGGGUCCCAAACACGGUUUAAUGGUCGACCAAGCUGUCGAAUUCGACGUCGUCACCGCCGACGGAGAGCAGCGUACCAUCAACGAAUGCAGCGACCCGGAUCUGUUCUGGGCAAUGCGCGGAGGCGGAGGCGGUACCUACGCUGUGCUCACAUCUUACAAGUUCCAGCUCCAUCCGGCCGAUCCUAUCAAUGUAUACAGCUUCCAGGCUCGCUUUCCGGCGCCGAAAGACAUCACAGAGUCCAAAGUGCAUCGCGACAUUAUCACCGGGCUUGCUGCGAACCAGACCCUGUUUGCAAACCAUGGGGUCGCCGGAUACAAUUUUGUGCUCCCAGAUCAUGUCGUAUUCUUGCAGGUCCUGCCCUCCAAUGACACGGAGGCUAUUAAAAAUAUCACGUCCCAAUGGCACGACUUCUUGACGAACUACCCUGGUCUCAAAAUCACCGAGAAUGAGUAUCACUCCUUCAAGAAGUUCUCACAUUGGCAUGAGUUCACGGAAAGACCCGAGAUAUCUCGAAAUGGACCCGUUGGUCUAGGCUUCAACGGCGCGGGGCGCUUCAUCCCCAGGGCCCUCUUCAAUUCAUCUCACAGCAUUGAUCGGCUCGUUACUGCGGUAGUUACCGCCAUGCAAUUUUCCCGUGCCAACCAUGGCAGUGGGGGCGCUCAGUUCUAUGCUACUGGACCAGACAACACUCCCGACAACGGUAAAACCAGCGUGAAUCCCAUCUGGCGAGAUUCGCUAUGGGAAAUAGUCAUGGGUCAAUUCUGGACGACUGCCACACCGUCAGUGGCUCGCUCUCAGAUUCAAAAGACUGUCUCUGCUACCAUGGAUAUCUUGAAAGCCGUCACACCGGACGGUGGGUGCUACUCGAACGAAGGUGAUUGGACCGAGGAGAAUUGGCAAGAAACGUUCUUUGGGGUGCACUACGAGAGAUUGCUGGCUGUGAAGAGGCGCUACGACCCAUCAAAUCUGUUCAACUGUUGGAAGUGUGUGGGGUGGACGGGAUAUGAUGACCCAAUGUACUCUUGCUAUGCGCAAACUCGACAGGAGCCGAGACCUUCUGUGCCUCUUGGACCUGUUGGGUGAGCGGAUCGCGUCUAUCAGCGACUGCCUCCAUGUCUAGCAGCCAACGUCGCGCAACUUCUGGUUCGCACUUCUAUCUCACUUUUGGACUGAGCGAAGUCUUCCUUUUCGC